UGUUCGUACUUUCCAGCUUCCAGUUCUUUCCUUGGCCGGCACAUUGCGGCUGGGUAUCUGAAAACUGGUAGGGUGAAUGGAUUGAUGGCUCUGGUCAUCGUCUCUACUGCACACCCUUGUCAGGUGGAUUAGUGAGUCAAUGUCUCUUUCAUUUCCGGCAUACAGCUUGAUGUCAUCCACGUACAGGAGGUAGCUGAUGGUCACUCCACUCUGUGCCCAUAUCCACUCUCUGAGAUGAUCUGGCUGAGGGGGGUCAAGCCUAUGCAGAACAGCAGUGGGGACAGUGCAUCACCCUGGUACAUUCCUCAUCUGAUGGACACUCGUGCUAUUGGCUUUGAGUUAACGUCUCGCAUUGUCCUCCAAUGACCCUUUGUGUUCCUGAUGAAGGUCCCAAGUAUCUUGUUGACCUUGUACAGAGACAGGCAUUCCAGAAUCCAUGGGUGGAGCAUUGAGUCAUAUGCUUCGUGGUAGUUGAUCCAGGUUGUGCUUAGGUUUCUUUGCCUGGUCUGGAGUUGCAUGAAUCCUUUGUCUACCUGGUGCUUGGAGCCUCUGGUUCCAUUACCAAUCCUCGUCUGAGCAGGGCUCACAAGUUUACACACAAGCCUUCAGCUUGGUAGCUAUUAUGCCUGAUAGGAGCUUCCAUGUUGUUGACAGGGAGGUUAUCGGCCAGCAGUGUGUGUAUAUAUACAGUAUAUACUGGCUGUAAUUCACAGUUUCUUUUUGUAUUAUCAUGUAUCGCAUUGUACUGCUGCCGCAAAGUUAACAAGUUCCAUGACAUAUGUUGGUGAUGUUAAAUCUGACUCUGAUUCUGAUUAUGCUUUGGCUCUUGGCAGGGUCACCCAUGCCAAAGAGGUCAAAGGGUAGAGGCAUGACUUAUCAGAUGGUCCUCCAGGUUCGGGGGUUCAGCUCAGGGCUAACAACCUUGACAGGUGUUUUUUUUUGAAAGGAAGAACAGCCUGUGGCAGAAUGGUCUCAGUGGGCAGAACCUUUUCAUCCAAGGGGACUGAUCUGAUUCCCAGGAUAGGUGACUCAAGGAUGGGUGUAGGAAGGAUAGAAUAAUAGAGGUUUGGAUUUGUCGUCACAGUCAUCAUCAGCUGACGCAGCCACUGUGAUGCCUCACUAAAGCCAUUCUCCUCCCCUUCACAAUUAAAAGGAUGGAGCUAUUUUCCUAUGCUCGAGCAAGUAAACACCGAGCUCUCAGCAAUUGCAGAAGAGAGAGUGUUGAACCUGCUCUGAAAUUUCAUUUUAACUACGGCCACACAGAAGAGCUUUCACUGUUAAUGUCAAAAUUCGGAGUGUUGACGAGAAUGGGACUGAAAUUUGAUGUCAUCAUCUUCAUUUUCUGCUUGUACCUGAUCAGUCAGACAACAGUGGCUUCUCAAAGAAGUGGUAAAGACUCAAAAAAGAGAUUAGACCAAUGUCAUGGAUGGGAAAAGGAUCUAAGGAACAACCUCAGUGCUCCAGGCAAUAUCACGGAUUUUCUUGAAAGCCUUACAGAAUCGAUCAGCACUCUGAAUCCAGGCUGCGUCAAAUCAUUCAGCCCUAAUGUUAGUCUUUCCAAUCUGAGGAAACUAAUGAAGGUCCUGAAUGAAGAAUAUGAUAACCUUAUUCCUGGUACCAGGAAGCAGAUUUAUAAGUGGGUGGAAGCUAUUUACACAAAAUCAGGACUAUAUGGAAUGAACACGAUGGAAGAAACCAAUGAUAAAGGCCCAAAGGGUGAUCCAGGCAAAGUUAAAGAUCAAGGGAAGGAUAAGGAUAAGGGGAAGGGUAAAGGCAAUUGGAUUACUCUCGAUGUUUUGAACAUACUUGGUCGUUUCAUUGUCCAAGCCCCCACAUCGACUUUCAAGAGUAUUGCACAAGGUGAAACAAGUGCGAUAUGUCAGCUUUUCAACUUUUCAUCCGACCUUUUAGACAAGCUCUUUGAUCUUACACCAGUACAAGCUCGCAUUCUUUUCAAAGGACUCAAAGCAUGCAACAUUAACAUCAGUGAAGACACAGUAAUUGCCAAACUUGGUCAACUAGCAUGCUUCUACCCUGUCAAUCAAGUGAAUUCAUUUAAUCACAGAGCAGUAAUGACUUUGCAGAACAAACUGCUCAACUGCACAAGGAAGAUAAAGGAGAUCUAUCGGAAGAUUGUGGAGAAUGUUACUGUCAAUCAAUUGACUGCUGGGCUAAUAAGAGAACUGGGAUCUGCAGUGGUUGGACUGAAAGUCAGUCAAGUGUCCAAUAUCUCCAAGGAUGCCAUUGCUGGUGCACUUAGUGAACUGAAGGAUAUCAAGGGGUGGUCCAAAGGUCAAAUCAAGGUCCUUGUCAAAAAGUACAAAGAAUCUAAAAAUGUCACAGCUAACGAGUUGAAAAAACUGGGUCUUCUUGUGUCUGGUCUUGAUGCAAAGACAUUUAGCGCGUUCAACGGCCAGGAUCUCCUGGAUGCUUUCUCUCAAAAGGAUGUGGCAAAGUCUCCAAAUGGCAUGUUGCCAGUGCAGAAGUCAUCGAUCGUGGAAGCGAUCUUGGGCUCAGUGAAUAUUGAUUCAGUUCUGCAAUCGCUUCCUGACUUACUGGUGUCGAAGAUUCCAGUUGAAAAAUUGAAUAAGGCUCAGAAUAUUAAUAUUGACUUCUUGAGCCAAGAUAAACCUUGGAACCUGGGUCAGUCUGUUGCUCUAAUUAAUCGGGUUAAAAGCCAACUCAAGAAACCUGAAGAUAUAAGGAAACUGAAGGCUGCUGUCAAAGGAAUUCCAUGCGACCUCAUUGACUCACUGAAAGCUGAUGCAGUGAAGGCCCUAGCAAACAACCCCCAUGUUUCCAGUAAUCAGAUUCGAUGUUCUGCUCGCAACUUCUUUGCAGCCAAGAAGGUCAAUUACUUCAGCACCCUCACAGAGGAAGAUAUUAAUGAGUUCCUGGCUUCAUACUUGACUUUUGAGCCGAAUAUUUUGGAUUUGAAGAAAAUUCCACAGUCCCUGUGCUCCAGUAUCGUUGAGCUGAUAAGCCAGGCUAACUUGUCAAUGCUGCCCACAAAUUCGGAAAGAAGUAUAAGUCUUUUCAAGUACGCCAAGGAUUGUUUGAAAUUUACUGCUUCUUCAUUGACUAAGGAGCAAGGCACCAACUUGGGUUCUCUGGUCUGUGAAUUCAAUAAUCAAGACUUUAAAGACUUGAACAACACGGUCUUCCUUGCAAUAAUUCCUCAACUGCGCCAAUGUGGACGAUUCAGUGAAGAGAAGAAAAAUGCUCUCAGAGAAAAGAUCUUGACAACCUUUUCAUCUAUCUCAAGCUGGACAGUGGAUGAAUUGAUUCUGUUAGGUGACUUGCUGACAGUUCUCAAGCAUGAUGAUUUUAAAAAGAUUCCCAAUGAUGAUGACAUAAAAAUAGCCCUUGAGCAGAUCCUCUCCUCUCACAAGCCUGCCACGAACGUUCCUUCUGAUCAAUUUUCUUCACUUUAUUGGAAGAUCUUCUAUAUCCUCAAUAAGCCAAAGUCCAACAUGAAGAAGCGAUCAACAAAGUGUGAAGAGAUGCUCACCUUUGACAAAAUUGAAGCUCUCGGCGAAGCAAAUAGAAUGUGGACUGUGGCGCAACUGCGUUGCAUUGAGACGGGAGACUUCGUAGAUUCUCUGGACACACUGACUGUGGUCACAGGCUUCAGCAUUGAUCAGCUGGAAGCUUUAAAGGAAAAGGCCUUGGAGGUUUAUGGCAAGAAUAUCAACAAUGAAGUGCUUGCUUCUUUGGAGAAGAUCACACUUGGCUUUACUGAUGAGGAAGUCAAGAAAUAUUUUACUGAACCUGACAUUGAUACCCUUGGUGCAAUCUCAGGAUACAGCAAGUGGGCCAGUAAUGAUUAUUCCUCACGAGCCAAAACUAUCUUGAAGAACUUUAUGAAAGGUCGUGCAUUCAGUAAUCUGACUAGUACAGAUCUGGUUGGACUGGGUUACUUCCUUUGUGCAUUUAGUUCAGAUGAGAUCAAGGACAUUGACGUCGCUGCCUACAGAUCUGCUGCCAGGGAUAUUGGGAGUAUAAUGUGUCCUAAGACAGAAACUCUCACUGCUUUGAAAGAAAGAGCAGUCCAGGCAUUUUCCAAUGUAGGAAAUUGGACUGGAGCACAGCUACAGGAGAUAGGAGUCGUAGCAGCUGGAUUAAAUGCAGUAGAAGUACGAAAACUGAUGACAUCUACAGUUUCGUUCCUGACACCUGAAGCUGUCUCCAAUUUCCCUCCUAAAGUUUUCUCGUCUAUGACUGUUGAACAGCUGAGAAAUUUGGGACCAGAAAAUUAUGGUGCUGUAACUGAAGCACAGAAGAAAGCACUGUCACCGGGGCAGAUCGAUGCUUUGAAAGAAAAUAUUGGAAUUGCACGCAGCACAAGUGGUGCAGGUUCGAUUUACUGGAAUCCUGUGAUCAUGUUGACCCUUCUGGUUCUCAGCUUGACAGCGGCACUCCAUUAAAAUGUGAAUUAAAGAACUGGAAAAAUCUCAAUCGCUGAGCAACGAGAAAGUAAAACAACAAAUACAGUUAACCAUUGAAAUUCUAGGUUAAAUUUAUAAACCACUGUAAAUUUCUUACCGUUGGUAUUGCAGAGAUAAUUGGAUCGUCUUAAAAAAAUGUUACAGCUAAAGAAAAGGAAUUUCUCCCAAGAUUGUGAAGCACAAAUCUAUUGAAUAAUACAGCCUGUUAGCAACACAGAUUUAAUUUUAAAUGUCUCGACUCAAAUCUUACUGGAAGGGAGCAUGGCUAAAUAAAAAGACAAUUGAAAGAAAAUGGGGCAUUCUGGUUAAGGAAAUUUAUACAUGAUAUGCAGGGAUUUUUUUUUAACCUGCAAGUACAUCGUAACUAGUUAAUGUUAAAAUAAAAACAUGAUUGGAAUGAAAUAAGCUAAGGUACAUAUGAUUGCAGAGAUUGCAUUACAUAAAUAGAAAAUGGCCCUUUGAGUGCCCAUUAAUCCAAGUGAGGUCCUGAACUAAUUUCUAUUGCUUGAAUGGUUUGAAGAAGAACUUUUUAAAGCCUAGUGUUUUUUUUAACCAAACUAUGGCUGGAUUCUAUUUUUUUUCUCACUAUUUGACUUUCUCUAAAGGGAGUACAGUAGUAUUGUGCUAGAGUGGAGAUAAAGAUUUAAGUUUAGUCAGAAUGCUGAGAGAUUAUGAUCAGCUGAGCAUUUCUGCUGUGAAUUUCAUAGCAUUCCAAAAUUAUCAGAUUAUUUUUGAUGUGGUUAGUCUGUGGUAUGUUGAUGAAAUAUUUCCUCUGUUGGCUGGAAGGAAAUAUAUCUGACCUUUAUAGAAGUUUGGGUGAUUUAGUGAAGGUAAAGGGUUGAGUGUGUUAACAUUUCUUUAUAGCCUGACAGGAAAAAAUUGAGAUGAUCAGGUUUACUUCACUUCACCUGAUUACUUAAGUUACUUAAGUCGAAGCAUGGCCAUGUCACCAAUGUAACACCUAUUUCACUUUAGUCUGGUGUAGUCUCAACAGGACAGAAAAUAUCAACCAUUCUGUGCAAUCCAGUCAGUCCAGCUCUCAUGAGUCAUAAAUAUGUGCAAUGUGUACGAUCAGACAUUUUGGCACACAUUAGAACAUUUGAAGUAACUGAAAUAGCUGGUAAAAAUUUGCUAAAAUACUGGAUUGGAAUAUAAACCCAUUUAGUACCUAUCCACUCAAAUGGAAAAUUUAAACACCAUUAUGCCGACCAGAGGGGACAAAUUGGAUAAAGUAUUACAUGAACUGCUGAUCUGUUAUCCCCCGUCUUGUGCUUCCAGCCAUGGCAAAUUUUGCUUCAUAACUUCUCCCAAAAAAUGUGUUUGCAAGGGUUUUUAAAAACAUGUUAAUUAUAAUGUAUAACCAGACAGUUGAUAAGAUCACUUUGCACCAGGAUAACUUUCUUUAAGAGGAUUAGUUACGGUGACAAUUUACAAAUAGUAAUUUCUAGGACAAAGUUCAUGUGUAUAUUUAUCUUCACUAGGAUUACAUUUACUACAGAAUAUUUCUCAAGCCUAAAUAGACAACCAAGCUUUUUUCACCGUUACUUUAUAAAUUGUCUAAAAUAAGCAUUUAUUUAGUUUGAUCUUUCUGCACAAAUAUGAUCACAGGUCUGGUGUCUGCAGAAUAUUAGAUUUGUAUGUUUAAGUCGUCAAUCUCAGAAAGUAAUCAUUUACUUUAACCUUUGAAGAGGAGAUUCUUCUGGCCUUUGUGUCUGCAUAAUCCUUUUAGAGAAAAUUAAUUAAAAAAAAUAAGAACAUAUUGAAUCGUAUUUUUCCAAAUCAUACCUUAUCUGACAUCAGGAAAGCAUAGAGAUCCAUCAAGAAUUGCUGCUGAAGACUGUAGGCUAUCUUUGUCAGUAACAGUGAACAGAAAGAAUUGCAACUUAAUGCCUGAACAUUCAAAUUAAGCAUUUGUCUUGAAUAAACUGUUCUUAUUAGAGUACUUGUUUAUCAAAAAAGAGAAUAGUCAUAAUAAUUUAUGCUGAGAAGUGUUGUGAUAUACUUACAAGGGAAACAAUAUAAAAUAUGAAUAGAAAGGUGUCAGAUCAAACAAACAUGAAGUGCAAAUUACUUCAGUGUAUCGAUAUUAUUUCAUAUACUUAAACAGAAGUUCUCGAGGGUAACUGUACCAAUUACUGUUAUAAUAUUUUUGAAAAAUAAUGGGGAUAGGGAAAUUGCACAUGAUGAUUGUACAGCAGAUCUUGCUGCAUAAAAGCUUUUUUCAACUAUUAAUUGCAGGCCAGGCACAUUGCUUAUUGUUUGUUUUAUUCAAUUGUGAUCAAAAAUAUGUUUUUAUCUAAAAAAUGAAGAUUCAGAUAGGAGGAAUAUAAUUAUCCCCGUUGUAAUUAUUUCUGGUGUAGCUAUUAUUCAAUUUGCUUGCUAAGUAAAUAAUGAAAUGGCUGUUGA